AUGGAAUCAAUUAGCUCUUAUAGUAUUGAAAGAAGAGAUACUACGGACGUUCGUACAGAAAUGAGUUUUCCAUCACCAUACACAGAUUCAAAAUAUUAUAUUUCUGGCGUACAUCUGGAACGCCUUGACGGUGGAUUCAUUUAUUUUAGGGUCUCUGAAAAACCAACGAAUCAAACUUUCCAAAGCAUGGAUAAUUUAGCCCUUUAUAAUGAAUACGAUUUUCCGAAAGUUAUUAUUAGUUGUUAUCCGAUGGGAGAGAGGGUCCAUCUUACUCGUUCAAGUUCUGCUGCACCUUCAUAUUAUGUUAUAGAAUCCGAUUAUUUCAAAGUUCGUACUAUUGAUAUGUGCAGAGAGCUUGACUACUUUUAUGAUUGGUUGCAUCCAAUGUACCAAAAUUUAUUGAGUGAGAAUACGGUCGAGAUACCUCAGACAAUAGUUGAUAAUAUAAUUUGCAUGAACGAGAAGGAUAAAAGUAUUCAAGAAGAUGCCGACACUAAUGCAAAUGAGGUAAAUCCUGGUGAUGAAAGUGAAGAAACCCAGAAAAGUGCCGAUGAGACAGAUGAAAACGAAGUUUAUAAAGAUGCUGAGACAUAUGAAAGUGAGGCUGAUACUAUCGUUGGUAGUGAUGUUGAAGGGUAA